AUGUUGAGUGUUUGUGCUGAGUGUUGUGUUUUGGGAUUCUUGUACAAGUCUGGAAAGACAGUGUUGGAAGGAAGUGUUGUAGAAUGUAAAAGAAGUGAAUGCAUUAAAAAACAUAUACAAUCGAAUCCCUACACUGUGAACAUUCUUAUGGCUGGUUAUGACAAGGAGACAGGCCCAUCUUUGUACUACAUCGAUUACAUUGCAACACUUCAUAAACUUGAGAAGGGAACAGAUAUUUCUCAUCAUUAUUUAUGUAACUUAUGGAGGACUGCCUCUGAAGAGUUGCAGCACCUUGAAAAAACAAUGUAUAUUUCAGUUCACCAAGCAGCUGAAGGUCAUCGUCAGGUUAGGAAACACAUUAGAAGCAUUUUGAAGCUUGGAAUGUUGAUGAAUAAUAUAUGCGAGAUGUCAGAAAACACAGUUAGAUCAUUAGUCUAG